CCUCAGGCUGCCGACCAAAAUCAUUCCUUCCUUUGUGUUAUGGCUAGCGUCGACCUCGAAACCGCGAUCAAGCAAGAGGAGGAAUACCUGCGCAAGGUUCAUCCUACCGUGGACGAUGUUCCGGGGUGCAUGACCCUGUUUGAUGAAUUUUUGCAAUGUCAUAGUAUAUACGGCCAAAUGUCAGAGUGUGGGGUUAAAAAAGAGGACUUCAAAUUUUGUAUGAGCUUGAAAUUCAUGCACCCAGAGCAGAAACGGGACGCUUGGAUCCGCCGCCGUGCCGAGUGGUGGGCUCACAGACGACUCGGAAAGAGUAGCGAAAAUGUGUGGGAUAUGAGGAAGAGUCCUCUCCCAGACUGGCCCCCAGCCCUUUCGGACAAUGUCCCAGAGAACGUUGAAACUAUCUCGUGAACGAUCAGAAUGACUUAUCCUGCAGACUCUUUUUAUAGGGAAGUUCGACAGCCCUGUUAUAUUUCUAAUCUACAUGUGCAUGACGGCGCUUGGUCUGUCUUAGGCGGGACGCAACCUUUAGCCCUCAAACACAAUGGCCCUCUCUUUGUGAGGGAAUAAGCUGCACUCUGUUGAGUUCAUAUUGCACUUCAUUCCCCCCUCCCGUGAAUGAUACACUCGACUUAUUUGUAUAAUUGUCCGUUGACAGUUGAAGCUCUCCUGAGCAUUGAAGCCAACUCUCUGGAUGUUAUAAAGACUUGACUGUGACUAGAAUAUCGCACGUCCUUUGAACUACCCUAGAAAAAGAG